AUGAAGAAUUAUUUGAUUAGUACAGUGAAAUUUAAACAACAUCUAGAAAGUGAUCUAACACAAUCGAAUAGUAAACAAAUAGUUAUGGAACCAAUUCAACGAAUAUCUGGUAUCCUAUUUUAUAUUAAGGCUAGUGGUAUAGCAUUAAUACAAUUAAUCAUCAUAUGGGCAAUGAAUACUACUGUAAUAUUAGUUCAUACAUUCAAGGAAUGGUUACAAUCUACAAACUGGUUUGUUGGAUUGUUUUUCUUUUUGGGACUCUUUAUUGAUUUGGAAAUCAUUCUAAUGCCACGAGUGCAAUUUAUUUUUCCAUUAAAUUAUAUACUAUUGAUAUUCAAUUCGAUCAUUCUUUCAAUUCCAGUUUCAAGGUUUCUAUGUGAAUUGAAAACGUUAUGGAUUCCAUGUAGUUGGGUUAUUACAUUGGGAAUUACAUUGCUGACUAUAAUAUUUGGCAAAUUAAUACGUUUCGAUAUACAAACAUCAUUGAAUAUAUUCCUUACUGUUAUAUUCACUUUACAAGUAGUAGUUUAUAUUGCUAUGAUUAUAUUAAAUUAUUAUGGUUACUUUGAUGUCAUUCUGAUUAUUUCUGGAUCAGGAAUGCUAUUGACAAUCAUUUAUGAAUUGGCAAUUGCAACUCAAGCAAUUUUUCCAGGUGAUAAACGAUUCAUAUUUCGUGAUAAUCAAUAUUUUCUAUGUGGAUUAG